AUGGGGGGCGGGGACCCCGGGCGCGCACCCCCGCGCACGCGCAGGCGCGCGUCUCCCUCGCCCGUAUCCUCUCGGCUCCGCGCGCGGCCCGCCCCCGCUGCAAUCCGGGCUGACGCCUCGCGGCCGCGGGCGGCGGGCCCAUUCCCCUCCCCCUUCUCCCCGGAGCCGCGGACGGGCGCGGGGAGCGCGCGCCGAGAGCUGCUGCUGGCGUCAGGGAAACCCCGGAGAAGCGGAUCCUCCUCCUCCUCCUCUUGGUCUCCUCGCACCCGGGAGAAACACACCCCUUCUCUCUUCGCCGCCCGCCUCACCUCCCCAGACGCCUCUGGCUGCGGAGACCAGAGGAUGAGAGGCGCUCCGAGCCCGUGCUUGUCCGGGAGGCCGGAGCGGGUGCGCACCUCUUUCAGCUUGGGCCCGGGGCCUCUUUAUAGGGCCUCAGAGGAAACCAAAUGGCCUCCGGGAGGAAACCUGGGUGCGCAGAGGGUCGGCGCGGGGAUUUAUGUGCCAGCCAAAAACAAUAGUGAUCCCGCCCGGCUCUUGCUGGGACCUGGCGCGGCUCCCGUGGGAGGGGGCCCACCGCGCUGCCGCUGA